CGACGAUUACUCUUCAGUCUUUACUCACAGUGUUUACCUAAACCCAAAGGCGGAGCAGAGAUGUAUUCUAGCUGCCAGAUUCGGUUUAUUGGGGAAAACCAAUGCUGGUAACCUUUCCAUUGAAUCAUUAAGCGGAAGAGUGCACUACAUAUUCCCAGGAAAAGCUAAGGCUCCUGUGGAUUUGGGAAAAUGUGAGAUAGAGGAGUUUUGGCUCAGUUUUCCCGCAGUCGCCUCCCUCCCUUGGCAUCAACAGAAUGGAUAAGCUCACCAUCAUCUCAGGGGCGUUGUUCCUGGCGGCAGACAUAUUCGCUGUGGUGAGCCUAGCCAUGCCUGACUGGAUAGUGUCAGACAUUGGAGGAGACACAAGAUUAGGACUCCUCUGGACAUGUGAGACUCUCUACAAAAGAUCACAAGUGUGUUAUGCUACUUCACUUGGAGGAGCUUGGCUUGUGACCUUGGGCUGUGUAUUGCUGGGGUGUCUCUGUGUCACUGCCACCAUUGUGCUGCUGGCACUCUCCCACUGCCGCCUCAGCACAAGCAUUAUGACAUAUGCCCGUUGGGUAGGCUUCUCUGCUAUGGUGCUGUUCUGUCUUGCUGCUGUUGUGUUUCCAAUGGGAUUUUAUGUUGAAGAAAUUGGGGGUGAACCAUACCAGCUGCCCAACAGCUUCCAGGUUGGCUAUUCUUACAUUUUCUUUGUGCUUGCCCUCUGGAUGACAGUGGUCUCUGAACUCUUUGCUGGAAAGGUCUGCCUCCCAAACUUCUAGAACAAUGGGUCAGUUGUAGCCAUUCUUGAUAUACAAUUACCAUAUUUGAUGGCUCAUAAGACGCACCUUUUCUACAAAAAAAAAGUCUCAGGUAAUGAGCCUGUGUCCUAUGAGGUCAAGGUUCAGCAUUGAAGCAGUGGUUGGUGGUAAGUCUAUGGUAACAAAGGCUCUAAAAUCAAACCCCAGACAUCUUUACACAUGUAAACAUAGUGAUGAUUGGUACAACACCAAAAAACAACUCUUUCUUUCAGGGUACCAUUAUAUAAUAGGUCGUACUUAUCAGUAAUUCUCAUAGAAUGACAUUGGUCAGAAAGAAUUUGCACAAGUGACCAUACACCAUGCAUUCCAGGAACCAAAACAAAACAUGCAGUUGGUGAUCUUGAUGUUGACAUGGGCAAGCUUCACAUUGUUCUUUAUAGUAUGAUGCUGUUAUUCCUCGAGGUAAGACACUUUCAUACAAUUAAAAUCACCUAUUUUUUUUUUAUAUUCUUACCUAACAUACAUAUGAAAAAAAUAAUGAUAAAAAAAUUAUUAUGAUUAUUAGCUGUGUAGUCUAUGAGGCUGUCAGUCACUACCGAAACCAUAUGUCAGGUACAUGUUUACAUCUCACAAGUCACAUAGGCUACUAGCAAAGAUCAAAGUUUUUAAAUACAAAAUAUUGGGAUCUGAUAAUGAUCUAAAUUGAUGUGAGAGUCUUCAAAUAUCAGGUGAAAUCCUUCACUUCAUAUUCAGAGCUUAAAUCUGCUCAAUUAUCUAUUUUUUUUUAUUUCAAUGUCUGCCAAAACUGGGUGCGUCUUAUAAGCCCAUGCAUCUUAUGAGCAAUCAAAUAUAGUAGUUGGUAUAAGCGAUGGGACAGUCGUGUCAUAUUAAAGUACUUGGGCUUUGGUUUAGUUUGGUUAUCAUCCUGGCUCAUCUACUUUGGAUGUUCCAUCAUAAUUUGACUGUCUAUCAGUUUCUCAGUAUUUAAAAUUAAGUCAUUACAUUAUGAUAUAUAUUUUUGUCUUUGUGUAAGCAAUUAUAGAUAAUAGCCAAUUGUAUAGAGUGAGUAUAUUUGUCUUACAGGAUAAAUUGCCUGUUUUCCCUUUACUUUUGAUUGGGCUGACGAUAAUCUCUAGAUUACUCUAAUUUUCUUGAGAUCUCUGAGGAUAUUGAUAAGCAAUUAUAUACUCUUUUACUGGCACAUUAGAUGCACUUUCUUGGGAAAAAAGUAUUUAAUAAUUAUCUUGGGUCUAAAUUGGCUGCUGUACAGAUGUCCCUCUCCCACACCUUUUCCUUGACACUUCUGUUCCCCUACUUUCCUCCUUCUCCUCUGUCCCUUAUCUCUGACAGAUAAGAGUGAGAGAAAGGGAGAGGAGGAGGUCAGGAAAGAGAGAUAGCAUCAUUCCUGGGAAAGUCUUUCUGAUAUAUAAAAGUACAUACUUAAUAAUCAACAUCUAUCUGUGUCUGAACACCAAACAUCCUUCAUUCAUAGAGUUAGAAAGCAAUGAUGUUUAUUUCCUUAAUGUUUAUAUUCUUGAUGGAUCAUUUAAUCUGGGACCUUUCUAUGAUGUGGUAACCAUGGCAGAGGAGUCCUCUUACUAACCUUCAUAUACUCCAGCUUUCCUGCACACAUUGUUUAAUCUUGGGAAAUCGUCAGUUAUUUUUUUAUAAGCAUAAGGAUUACUUGAUAUGCUAUGACUCGUGUUUAGAAAAUGUUCAUAUUAAAUAUUUUGAAUUCCUGUAAUGAGAAAGAUCAGAUAAAUACACACUUCAACACAAUUAGGAAUUAAAAAAAUACUGUUCCCAAGUUUCAUUGCACAUCACUGUGUAUGCAUUUAAUAACAAGUAUAUAAUGAAAGACUAUACUGUUUUGUAUUACUGCCAGCCAAAUAAUUAUAUCUUCAAUGAAGGUUGGCUUUCAUCGUGUUACUUUGAAAAUAUUAUUAUUAUUCAGAUGAAAUUGAUACAUACAGUAUGUAGCUGUUUAUUCAUUUUAAGAAAUACUCAAAUGAUGAAUAUUGUGGGAAAAGUAUAUUAAAGAAAAAGUCUUGUAAUUGAAAGAAUUAGCAUAUAUAUAUAUAUAUAUAUAUAUAUAUAUAUAUAUAUAUAUAUAUAUAUAUAUAUAUAUAUAUAUAUAUAUAUAUAUAUAUAUAUAUAUAUGCUAAAUCUUUAAUUUUUAAACUAUUAUCUUUGCUCUGCUUGCAAGUAGAUUAUUUGCAGUAGAGAUCAGAUGGGCCGUGAGAGUGUGGUGGUGAAAAAUUGGGAAGAAAUUGGAUAUUUUCAUGAGUAUAAUUUUUUUUUUUCUUUUCUUCCAUUUUUUCAAACCACUAGAAUUCACACACCUGUCUAAACAAGAUAAGAUGACAGGCUGCAAGGAAGAACUAAAUGUUGCCAAAGAUAGAGAAAUUCCUGUACAAUACAUGUAGAGUAUCAAGUAAAUACCUAUCACCUCUCAUAUCUUAAUUUGAAGCACAAAGCUUGUUUUUAAUUUCAUGAUUAUAUUAUAGUACUUAAGCUUUUGUUCCUAAUUAUUAGUUACUUUGGUACCUGAUCCUAUAUGUGAAAUAUUCAGUUCUUUGAAUAAAUAUGCUAUUAGUACAGUCCAUGUAGAAAAUAUGAAAAAUAUAUCAUAAAUGAAGUAUGUAAUGUAUAUACAGUACACAUAUACCUUAUACAAAUUAUAUGUAUGUUUUUAGAAAAAUAAAUGGAAAAGAUUU